GCGGAUCGGACCUGACACCUGCAUUAAGGACAUCAAGGAUAAUUUUCUGCAUGCUGUGUUAAUUUCUAAGGGAUCGCUUCUGUUUUUAUUUAUUUUAUUCUGAAUUGACUCGUUAUUAACACUAACAGGAGAUUAGAGCUAUUGUGUCUCUCGCUGAAAGUAUGGGUGCUGUGUCAGGGACCCUGGCGAGUUGGGUUUGUUGCCUUUGCAGCCAUGCAGGAUGCUUUAGGUGCAGAUGCUGCCCACAGAUCAAGAAGUCUAUCGUAACCCGAAUCAUGUAUGCCUUCAUCCUUUUGCUUGGGACCAUCAUUGCCUGUGUCAUGUUGUCACCUGGUGUUGAACAACAGCUUAAAAGAAUCCCUGGUUUCUGUAAUGGAGGAGCAGGAUCCAGUAUACCAGGAAUUGAGGCUAAUGUUCAGUGUGAGAUUUUUCUCGGCUAUAAGGCUGUGUACCGGGUUUGUUGUGGCAUGAGUUUGUUCUUUCUCAUGUUCUCCCUUCUCACCAUCAAUGUGAAGAACAGCCGAGAUCCCAGAGCUGCCAUUCACAAUGGGUUCUGGAUUGUCAAGAUUGCAGUCAUGGUUGCUGUCACUGUUGGUGCCUUCUAUAUUCCCGAGGAGCCUUUUACCCGAAUGUGCUUUAUUGUGGGAAGCUGUGGAGCAUUUUUCUUUAUUCUGAUUCAGCUGGUCUUGCUUAUUGACUUUGCCCACUCGUGGAACGAAUCCUGGCUUGAUAAAAUGGAAAAAGAAAACAGAAAGAGGUGGUAUAUAGCCUUGCUGUCAGUAACAGGACUGAACUAUAUUCUGUCCCUCACGGCUGCAGUUCUCUGCUAUAACAUCUACACUCAGACAGAAGGAUGCAUGCUUAACAAGUUCUUCAUCUGCUUCAACAUGUUAUUAUGUGUCGUAGCUUCUGCUCUCUCUGUACUGCCCACAAUUCAGGAAUACCAGCCCAGAUCUGGACUUCUUCAGUCAUCCGUUAUGACUUUGUACACCAUGUACCUCACCUGGUCAGCCAUGACCAAUGAGCCAGACCGCACAUGCAACCCAAGACUGAUCAGCAUCUUCCAGCAGAUCACGUCCUCCACAGUCGCACCGCUGGAGGUCGAGAACCAGACGGCCAUCAUCAUUGUAGACACAGAGGAAACGCUGCCAACUGCCCCGUAUCUGCAGUGGUGGGACGCUCAAAGCAUCGUCGGAUUGGCCAUUUUUGUUCUCUGCAUUUUGUAUUCAAGUAUACGAUCUUCCAACACCAGUCAAGUUAAUAAACUAACCUUAGCAGAUAAAGAUAGCACAGUUGUGGAUGAAAGCUACACAGUGAGUCUUGAGACAGCAGAAGACGUCACAACAUCAAUUGUGGAGGACAACGAAAGAGACACUGUUCAGUACAGCUACGCUUUCUUUCACUUCAUGCUGUUCCUGGCGUCUCUCUACAUCAUGAUGACUCUCACCAACUGGUACAGUCCUGAUGCAGACUACGAUGCCAUGACGAGCAAGUGGACGUCAGUGUGGGUGAAGAUCUCCUCCAGCUGGGUCUGUCUGUCAUUAUACACCUGGAGUCUGGUCGCUCCGAUGAUUCUCACCAACAGAGACUUCACCUAGACGCACUUCUGCAGAACACCUUUUAAAAUAAAGGUUGUUCUAUUUCAUUGCUAUGAAAAUCGUUAAAAACAUUUUUUUAAGAGCCUUGAUGCUAUUAUAAAAAUACUGUUUGCUUUUUGUUCCUAUUUAUUUGAGUUUUAAUGGAUUUUAUUUUUGGACCAUUUUGCCUAAUAACCUCAGCAUGUGUUCUCUGUGCCAUCGGUUGAAAUGACAAUAUAUGUUAUAUUUCCUCCAUGUCUGCUUACUGCUUUAGAUAAAACUUUUUAAAUUUUUAUUAUGGUGUGUUUAUACUCGUGAUUUAUGCUGAAACAGUGUUUUAUCUCUGUUGAUCAGGCAAAACAUACCGAUCUUUCUAUUUUUUGUAUCUUUACGGUUUUGUUUUGUAUAAAAAAUGCUGUAUUCUCAUCAUAAAAUCAAGGAGUAAAGUGACAAAAAGCAAUAUUUCUGAUCAUCAAGCAUGCAAAUAUAUUUUGGUUAAUUAUCAAGUAUGUCGUGUUUUUGUACAACCAGGAAAAGUCUUGUAUUAUUUAU